AUAUAAAACGCCUUAUUAGGGUUUUGAGCUCUUAUUCAUCUUCCCUCCUUCAGCUGCCGCCGCUUCAGGUUUCAACUUUCUCCCACAAACGAAAUGGUGAAGGGUCGCCAAGGAGAGCAGAUCAGGCUCUAUGUCCGAGGAACUAUUCUCGGAUACAAAAGGUCAAAGUCUAAUCAGUAUCCAAGCACAUCGCUGAUUCAGAUCGAAGGUGUCAACACAAAGGAAGAAGUAACCUGGUACCAGGGAAAGCGUAUGGCUUACAUUUACAAGGCGAAGGUGAAGAAGAAUGGAUCUCACUACCGUUGCAUUUGGGGAAAGGUUUCAAGGCCUCAUGGAAACAGCGGUGUUGUUCGUGCUAAGUUCAAAUCCAACCUUCCCCCUAAAUCUAUGGGUGAUAGAGUGAGGGUUUUCAUGUACCCAAGUAACAUCUAAGGUGCGAUUAUGGAAAUGAUAGUGCUUGUUUACUUGAUAUUUCUUUUUUUGGGUUUGAGAAUUAAGAACAAUGAUUUCAAUUUUCUUGAGAACUAUUGUAAAAUGUUAUUUCUUUUAAGCUAUGUUACCCAUUUUUAUUAGUAUUUGAUCAACUCAGUUAAUUUA